CUUCACGGAAGUCAGCACUGGCGAUGGUGGCGGCCUCGUCAGCCUAGCAGCAGGAAGAGAAUGUUUGCGUCCAGUAAAAGAAUAAUAUCACCUGAUUAUAAGCCUUUAUAACCGUAGAGUUUUUCCGCUGAGUCUGCUGGGGUUCAGACAGCACAUUCCCUUACCUGGAGCCGGCCUAUGUGAGUUUGAAGCAGGGCGCUGGAUAAAAUGUCCCUUUUCCAGUCGGCACUGGAUUUCCUAGCCGGCCCCGGCUCGUCCGGAGCGGCCAGCCGGGACCAGAAUGAUUUCGUCGGACAAGUCGUUGAGCUCGGUGACUUGAAACUGAGGAUCAAGAGGGUGAUCGCGGAAGGUGGAUUUGCCUUUGUGUAUGAAGCCCAGGACAUGAGCAGCGGUAAAGACUAUGCCCUCAAGAGGCUGCUGUCGCAUGAAGAAGAAAAGAACAAGGAAAUCAUACAGGAAGUCUGCUUCAUGAAAAAGCUGUCCGGUCAUCCCAACAUGGUUCAGUUCUGCUCUGCUGCCUCCAUCAGUAAGGAGGAGUCGGACACCGGGCAGGCCGAGUUCCUGAUCCUCACGGAGUUGUGUAAAGGUCAGCUGGUGGACUUUAUAAAGCGAGUAGAGCAGAGGGCUCUCCUGUCCUGUGACACCGUGCUGAAAAUCUUCUACCAGACGUGCCGCGGCGUGCAGCACAUGCACAAACAGAAGCCUCCAAUCACACACCGAGACCUCAAGAUUGAGAACCUCUUGAUUAGUAACCAGGGCACCAUCAAGCUGUGUGACUUUGGCAGCGCCACCACAGUGUCCCAUUACCCUGACUACAGCUGGUCAGCACAGAAGAGGUCCAUGGUGGAGGAUGAGAUCACAAGGAACACCACUCCAGCGUACCGAACGCCAGAGAUGAUCGAUCUCUAUUCCAACUUCCCCAUCAAUGAUAAACAGGACAUCUGGGCCUUAGGAUGCAUCCUCUACCUGCUGUGUUUUAAGCAGCACCCGUUCGAGGAGGGGGCCAAGCUGCAAAUCGUCAACGGAAAAUACUCCAUACCUCAGAACGAUGUCAAGUACACUGUGUAUCACAACCUCAUACGUUCCAUGUUGAAGGUGAACCCAGAGGAGCGUCUGUCUAUUACAGAGUUGGUCAACCAGCUCCAGGAGAUAGCAGCAGCACGCAACGUCAACCCCAAGUCUCCCAUUACAGAGCUGCUGGAGCAGAACGGAGGUUUUGGCAACAAUGGAGCCCAGCCGCCCAUGCAGAUCCAAAACGUCCACAACAAUGCAGGCAUAUACGAUCCUGAUCAGUCAGGCAGUGGCCUCUUGGAUAUCUUAAGGGGAGGAACAGAGCGCUUCCUGACCAACAUAAAGGAUACUUCCUCUAAGGUCAUCCAGUCCGUAGCCAGCAACCCAAGCUAUGCCAAAGGGGACCUAGAUAUUUCAUAUAUCACCUCCAGAAUAGCAGUCAUGUCCUUCCCAGCAGAGGGGGUGGAGUCAGCGAUAAAGAACAACAUUGAGGACGUCCGUCUGUUUCUAGAUUCACGUCAUGCUGGCCACUAUGCUGUCUACAACCUCUCCAAACGAUCAUACAGGCCCUCUCGAUUCCACAACAGGGUUUCAGAGUGUAACUGGCAAGUGCGCCGAGCCCCCAACCUCCGCAGUCUCUACAGUGUGUGUAAGAACAUGCAUCUAUGGCUCAAACAAGACCAGAGGAACAUCUGUAUAGUACACUGCCUGGAUGGCAGAGCAGUAUCCGCGGUGGCAGUUUGCUCCUUCCUGUGUUUCUGUCGCCUUUUCACCACAGCUGAGGCGGCGGUCUACAUGUUCUCAAUGAAACGCUGCCCGCCUGGCAUCGCACCCUCACACAAGAGGUAUAUAGAGUAUAUGUGCGACAUGAUGGCAGAGGAGCCCAUCGUCCCCCACAGCAAGCCCAUAAUAAUUCGCUCCAUCGUCAUGACACCCAUGCCGCUGUUUAACAAGCAGCGUAAUGGCUGCAGACCGUUUUGCGAAGUUUAUGUUGGAGACGAGAGAGUCCUCAGCACAUCACAGGAGUACGACAAGAUGAGGGAUUUUAAGAUGGAGGAUGGGAGAGCGGAGAUUCCCCUCAAUGUGACCGUCCAAGGAGAUGUACUGGUGGUGAUCUACCAUGCAAGAUCUACGCUGGGAGGACGUCUACAGGCCAAGAUGGCGUCCAUGAAGAUGUUUCAGAUCCAGUUCCACACAGGCUUUGUCCCCAGAAAUGCGACCACUGUCAAGUUUGCCAAGUAUGACUUGGAUGCCUGUGACAUCCAGGAGAAGUACCCAGACUUGUUCCAGGUCAACUUGGACAUCGAGGUGGAAUCCAGAGACAGACCCAGCACCAAGACCCCUCCUUGGGAGGGCUUCCAAACCAAGGGCCUCAAUCCCAAAAUCCUUUUCUCCUCUCGUGAUGAACAGCAAGAAAUCCUCAGCAAAUUUGGUAAGCCUGAGCUGCCUCGUCAGCCAGGUUCCUCAGCAUUUUAUGACUCAGAGUCGCCCCAGCCGGCUCAGACCCCAGAAGCCUCUAAUGCAGCCGAACUGGAAUCUCCUGUGAGCACAGAUAGCAACGCCAACAACUUCUUCCAGACACUGGAUUGGGAAGAUGUGAGUGGCGCUCAGGAUGCCUCAGACAGUCUGGGAGGGGGAUCCAUGAAUGACCAGGAGGACCUGAGUGAUCAAUCAGAUGGAGAGUCGUACUCAUAUUCUGCCCCGGGCGGGGAGCCGCUGUCACGUGACCCCAGCGAACCACUGUUUGAUGCAGACUUCCAGAGCCCCCUCCCUGCAGCCCAGGAAUCUCCUAUCGAUGACACAGCAGACCUCUUAGGGUUGAACUCUGACCCUUCCAUGUCCUCGUCCUCUGCUCCUCAUCAAGGAGUCCAGGGCGGAAUGAAAGCUGCAUCCAGCAACAGCGACCUCCUCAACGACUUUUUUGCACCCCCUGCUGGUCAGACAGGAGCAGUGCAGGAGGACUUGUUCUUCAGUGGGCCUGCUGUGGGGGGCACAACAGACUCAAAAUCCAUGGACGACCUUUUUGAUCCGUUUGGGAUGGUGUCUGGCUCGGGUGUUGGCCCCACUGUGGGUUCGUCUCGGCAGGCCUCUGGGCCGGACCUUUUCGGAGUCUUGUUAGGCUCUGAAAGUUCAACUCACAUUAACCCAACUCCUGCUUCAAACACAAGCCUCUUCAACCUUAAUAAACCAGUGAAUGAUGUCCCUAAAAUGACAUCAUCAGCCAGCCAACCAGACCUGCUGGGUGGGUGGGACAGCUGGGCAGCUAGCUCCACCACUAGCAUGAGCGCCACCACCAGCAAACCCAACUAUAACAACACAGCUUCUGGUGGGGCACCUAUGUCGAAGGCCAAGUCUCAGACCUUUGAUCCUUUUGCCGACCUAGGAAACCUGGGCUCCAGUUUACCAGUUUCCUCCAGCAGUAAUCUUUCCGGGCCUGCUUUGAGUGCAAAGGCUCCUUCCUCCUCCACUUCCUCAUCUGCUAAGCCUCAAGCCCAGCCCUGGCAGUCUGGAAGACCCACCUCAGCCCAGAAUAAACCUUGGAUGUCUGGUUCAGGACCUGGUUCCAAAGCAUCCUCAGCCUCUCAGCCUGCAGGCACACAGUCCACCAAACCCAACUACAACCUCAACUUCUCUAGUGUCAUUGGUGGGAGAGAGGACAGAGGCGUUCGUGGACCUGGAUUUGGCCCCAAGCCGAAGGUAAAGGAGGAUGAUUUUGAGGACCUGCUGUCAACUCAGGGUUUUGCCUCUAGGCCUGAUAGAAAGGGACCAAGGACCAUCGCUGAAAUGAGGAGACAGGAGCUCACAAAAGAAAUUGAUCCACUUAAAUUACAGAUCUUGGACUGGAUCGAGGGGAAGGAGCGAAACAUCCGAGCGCUGCUGUCGACUCUAAACACUGUGCUGUGGGAGGGUGAAACCCGCUGGAGGCCUGUGGGCAUGGCUGACUUGGUGACGCCUGACCAGGUGAAGAAGUACUACAGGAAGGCUGUCCUGAUUGUCCAUCCAGAUAAGACAACAGGCCAGCCUUAUGAACAUUACGCUAAGAUGAUCUUCAUUGAAUUGAACGACGCCUGGUCAGAGUUCGAGAACCAGGGAUCCAAAGCACUCUUCUAAAACCCUGGAUCCCAGCUAGACUAGGCCAGACCAGACCAGACUGGAUUUGGCCUAACAAGGUUUAGACUGGGCCAGAUUGGACAGGACUGAGCCCACAUUGGGCCUUAGGGGGCGCAGAGCCUCUGAGAGGUGUCUCUCUACCAUUCCCUUCACUCCCUUCUACCUUCUUUCCUUUCUUCUGUUUCUACAGUCAAGGAAAAAGACCUUUCGCCUCGUGUCGGCCUGUAGGGGAAAUUUCCUCACUGGUUCAACAGCCAGUGUGAUCGUUCUUAAACUCACUGCCUACCUGCACGACUGCCUGAGUGGUGCUGCAAACAUCUGGAGGGAAGAACGGGUGACAAUUGCACGAAGAAGACAAAAAAUGGAAAAGAAAAUCCGAUAAUACAAAGACUUCUAAAACGACCAAGCUGAUUUAUCAUGAAAGUGGUAUUCAGAUAAAAGAUUUAAUCACCCCACACUAAUAAAAUGCUGGUAUAUGUUAGCUGUGGCUGGUAAGUUUGUCAUUUGUGCCUGGCACUUUUGGAAGCAACCCGUCAUUCCGCUGACUGGUACACACACACACACACAAAAACAUGGCUGCACAUUUUUCAGCACGCCAACCAACAUGAAAGUGUUGUCUUUAAGCUUUGUUGCCUCAGAAAAAUAGCGAAUGUUGCUGAUGAAUCUUGGAACAAACCAGCCACAGCCACCAAUGGACCAAAUCAAAAAAAGUUUUAUCCUGUCUCUAAUGCACAAGCAGGAUUAAAGUCUCCCCCGGGUUUUUGAAACAAGCUAGAUCUGUUGAUAGUACCCAUUAAUACUUUGAAGUGUUCCUGCUGCAUCUUUUGGGGUCAACAGUUGGUUGGGUUUGCUGUUGAGCCAUUGUCUCUCCAGAAAGACAAGACUUUUGCCUGCUGAACACUACUAUUGCUGCUUCUACCAUUACAGUUACUGCUACACACACACACACACACACACACACACACACUCCUCCGAUAGAUGUUAAAACCUGCAUCCUAAACUUCUGACAGAGGAGCUGAACUUGUUUUGGAGCCCCAUAUAAACCUAAGCGGGCAGUCGUGUCGUUUUUGAAGUGCUCUUUUAACUCCACCCACUCAGGCUAUACUGUGUAGGUAACUGCAUGCUCUCCCACACCAAACUUUCAAACAGGAGGUAGGUGUGUUUGAUUUGAAACCAGGGUAGUCCUAACGGGCAGAGGCUCUUUCAUUGAAGUGCUAUUUUUCUUGUAGCAGAAACGGAGGAGAGUCUUCCUGCCUGAUAACGCUGAGUGGCAGACUACUUGCCUUCCCAGCAGUCACACUGCUCAAUGCAUUUGAGCAUCUCCAUCAUUACUGUCAUUCUUAACCCCUCUCUUUGUCUCUGUAAGCCCCACCCACCUCCAGCGCCUAGUUCAGUGGACAUUAUUUUUUGUCAGCGAAUAGGAGGAGAUCAAAAAGUGAAGGAAUGAAAAGAGAAUCUGGUGAUUUAAUCUGGUUGCUCUUGGUUUUUACACUUUCUUGUAUUUGUUGGGGGUUCAUUCUGAGCUUUUGUCAGUUAAUCAUGACUUCAGUGUAAAUAUAAACGUAUUAUCAUCCAUCAAGUGGCUUGGUUAAGAUUACAGCCGGGACAAUUGAUGUUAUUGAGCUUCAUGCUUGACUGCGUGAAUGGUUGUGUGAUUUAGUGUGUGUGUGUUUGUGUGUCUGUGUGUGUAAGUCAGUAUGCAUGUGUGUUUCUCUCUCUGGGGGAAGAUAAUGAAACCUUGUUGGACAUCAUGCUUUCUUGUCUGCAAUCACAAUCUUUUUUUCCAGCAUCUCCCACACUUUUGUUUUUGUGUUUUGUCUUUUCUAAAAAAAAAAAGAAAAAAAAAAUCUUUCCAACUUUUGUUUGCUCUUUUUUUCCCCCCCUUUAUUUUACAUUUUACCUCAUGGACCAAUCAAAUCAACUGUUUUCUUAUUUAUUAUUGUUUUUUUUGUGAGUGUUUGGGGGUUAUAGUGACACAUAUUCAUGCAUAUUGAUGACACAAGUGAACAUUUCAGAUAAUAUAUAAGUGGAAUGUGCUGAGUGCAUAUGGGGCAGUUGGUUGAUCACAGUGAGCCUCUUUCUUGCCGUUUUCAUUCCAAAGCAUUUAUUAUUAAUACGAAUGUGGUUUUACAAAUAUAUAUAUAUAUAUCCUCUCUGUUGUUAAGCGGUAUGUGUUUAUCAUUUGUCGGUUCGGUCUGUCUUUUUGUCGUUACCUUUUGGUUUUCUUAUUUCCUCUUGCUUCUGUUUUGCAUUUUGUUAAAAUUCCAACACGAGGGGCCAGUAAGUAAGAAAAAAAAUAAAUGGGCUGAUGCUUGAAAUUCAGUUAAAAUUGUCUAACAGUAUCCUAGCAUAAAGAGAGGGAAUAGCAGAACCACACAUCGACAGUGUUUACUGUACCAAAUUACAUUAUACUAAUAUGAAUGUAAUUUCAAUGCAAAAGCAAAUGAUUAAAAGAACCUUUUGAUUUGAGGCAUA